AGCGGUCUUCACAAGCGAGAAUCGUCCGUCACGUACCAAGAAGUUGUUUUGCCGACAAAGCACAACAAACGGGCGAUACCUAGGGAUGCUUUCCCCCGUUAAAUUCCCGUCGGCUGAGCCUUUCCCUUGCUGGAUACCUCGCGCACGCUGCAUCUUCUGUGCACAUAUCCAACCUUGCCACCGCCAGGCCGACGUCGCCUUCACCACGCAUGAACAGGAUCAGAGCAAUGUGGGAUGCCAUGGUGCGCUUCUCGUUUGGCCCGCGGCCGCCGGUCGACGGAAGCGAGGAGGAAGGCGCCAUGGACAAGGAAGUCAACACCUCAACAUCCGCAUCCGCAGCCGCAUCCGCGCCCGUCCUCCGCUCGACAUUCAUCGAGCUCUCACUGCCCGCUGCCGCCACCGCCGCCGCCGACGCGGAUAUCCCUAGCCACUCAUCUACAUGCAAUAUGGCCACCGACAACAUGCCGAUAACACUCGCUUUCCCCGAAUACGACGGCGUCGCGGAAGAAAUGCUCCUGCCGGUCAUGACGCAGCUCUCGAAGCUGAAGCUCACCACGCCUGACUCGAUGCCCCCUCUGAACGCCUUCUUCCGCGCCAAGAGCCACUUGCAGCUCGUGAGGGAGCGUCUGCUGCCUAUUGGAGAGUUUAUCAUGCAGCAGACCAUGGCGCUAGAGGGAAGGGAGCGAUGGGCGACUGAGAUGAGGCUCUGCCACCACAUCGCCCAGCACUACUGGCCGCCGCUGCCUGUUGAUCCUCGCGUACCCACACGUCUCUACGUCCACGAAAUGUACCGUAACACUCUAUACAAGCAGUCCCUCAGGUCUAAGCAGGACGAAGCAAAUAUCGCAGCUCGAACGGACAGCAAACCUAAUAGCAAUGAGGGCAAUGAAACCGCGAGGAACAGCGAUGCCAAGGAUGAACGAAUGAGGUUCAGGCGGUUAGGAGACUUCGCUACCAGUCUGUUUGGCAACCACAAGCGCGAACGUGAAGCCAAAGCCUCCGAGACCGGGAAUCACGCCUCCGCCUCUGCCAGUCCACCUGUGGAGCUCACGCAUGCCGAAGCAGACAUUGACGAAGUAAUUUGGAACUAGGCGUCCCGCCCAAUCCGCUCCGCCGCAUCCAUCGUGUUGAGGUUGCGCGGUGGACAUGGAGAGGAGCCACCGACCUCUGAGCAUGACGACGGCGAAGACACCGGUCCACCCAACAACCCCGCCGCUUCUCCCCCUUCCAGCACGCCUCCAGGAAGUAUUCCGGAUCCUCGAUCCGCUCUUCCUUCCCCCAAGGCCAACGAUUGCAGCCCUGACGACCC